AGAUCAGUGACAUAAUUUUGGAUGGAACCAGAUGUCUAAUCCAGGAGGCACGCAGAAGUGGUUUCCUUCAGCCUAAUUCUAUAGACCAGUUUUAUGUCAAGGCAUCUGACAGAGGACCCAAUAAUUGCAGUUUGGCUGAGCUUUGUGAGAUGGCCAAGUGUUUCGUUCCUGUGAAUGAAAAAGAGCAAAUAUGUGUAAUGGAGGAGGAAACCUCUGACCCAGAGCAAGUUCAAUUAACCUGUGUUACUGAAAAUAAUACAAGCAAUGUGAAGAUGUUAACGCUAAUGGGACAGAUUUACUUAUUUCCCCCUAGAAGUGCAUUUCUUUUAUCAGAUUUUUCAUGUAUGCAGCCACUUUUGAAUUAUAAAAAGAAGUAUGACAUAAUUGUUAUAGACCCACCAUGGGAGAACAAGUCUGUUAAAAGAAGCAAUAGGUAUGGUUUCUUGUCUCACUGGCAAAUCAAAGAAAUUCCUGUCCCAGCAUUGGCAGCUCCAAAUUGUCUUGUGGUCAUGUGGGUGACCAACAGACAGAAGCAUUUACAAUUUGUAAAGAAUGAACUUUACCCUCACUGGUCUAUACAUGGUGUUGUUGAAUGGUUCUGGGUAAAAAUUACAAAGUCUGGAGAAUUUGUGAUCCCAUUAGAUUCUCUUCACAAAAAGCCAUAUGAAAUUCUUGUACUGGGUAGAGUCCAGGGAAAUACAGAUGUACCAUUAAGGCUUUCAGAAGAUGAAAAGUUUCCUGCAAUUCCUGGUCAGAAAUUAAUUGUUAGUGUGCCUUGUACACUUCAUUCACAUAAGCCUCCUCUUUCAGAGAUUUUGAAAGAAUAUACCAAGCCAGAUGUAGAAUGCUUAGAACUGUUUGCUCGGAAUUUGCAACCUGGAUGGGUCAGUUGGGGCAAUGAAGUCCUUAAAUUCCAGCACUUGGACUACUUCACUGUUUUACAGGAUAAUGAUGACUAGCAAAUCAUAAUUAUUUUUGAAGGAUUUUAUAUCUAAGUUUGGAAUUUCACCUUUGCUAUAACUCUACAUUGUGAGAUAUAUGUAAACAACCUGGAAUAGUUUUCAAGAGCAGCUAUAUGUAUAUUGAUCAAAUGUCAAAAAAUAACAAGGAUGGAACUUGUUAUUCCAUGCUUAGGUUGUAGAGGUCUUUGCUAACAGUAAUUGGAGGCGAAAGUACCAGCAGUUUGAUAUCUACAGUAGGAUCCCUCCUGGAACAGCCAAUCCAACAUCUGACACCUAUCUGUUACUGUGGUAUUUUGCCUCCUAUUCCCAUAACCCUCCCAGGAAAAUUCUGGAUUAUAUCUGAACAUCCAGCCUCUGGCUCUUUGAAAGAUUGGCUGCCAUCAUUGAAAAUUUUUCUUUCACUUAAAUGUUAUAUAUUGCCUAUUUAUAACUUCUAGUUCUAUCAUUAGAAGUGUUUUACAUUUUAAUGUUUUGAUACUGCACCUUCCUAUUUUAACCAAUAGAGUUAAAAUGAAUGUUAAAAUGUAACUAGAUAAUUUUUAGCAUUUUCUGGGUUGGAAAUAAUGGCUUUAUAAAUGUAAUUAAAGCUUUUCAUAAUAAUAUCCCAUUUUUAAUUUAAUUUUUAAAAAUUCAAUUUCAGAAAUAUUUUUACUUGCUAUGGAUUUAAUGGUUUCAUUUAUUCAUUUAUAUGAUUUGUUAUGUUUUUUUGUUGUCUUGACAGCAACAAGGCUAAAACAAUAAUUGUGUGGUGUCUUUUUAAAAAACCAGUAGGAUGCAAAUCCCAACAUAACAUUUUUACUUUAAAAGGAGGGAUAAAAUACAUAAUUGGAAGUAACUAUGAGAAGGCAGACUAGUUUUUUUUAAAUCCAUGAAUAUGUAAUUUUUAUUUUUUAUUUAUUUGUUAAAUUUUUUGCAGCCCCAUCUCAUGGAGCUACUGUAAGUAGCUUAAACAGUAAACAUAGAAACAUGAAGUGUAGUAGAAAAAUAAUAAAGCUAUAAAACUAUAAAAUAAACAAUGACAUAAUGAUAAUACAGUAAUACGAGAUUAAAAGAUGAGCAGAGAAAGCAGAGAAAUGGUGUGCAGGGGAGGUGGGCUUUGCUAUCAAUCUAUUAGCCACUUCCUAUGUGGUUUUGCCUCAUUGGAUUUCAAGGUUUUUUCUUGACUUCAUAUUGGAUUUGGUCUUGUGGUUCACAGCAGUGACAAUACCUUCAAUUUAAGCAUACUUUGAUGAUUCAAUCUGAGCCAGAUGCUUGGGGUACUUUUCUAAUUUAUUGGAAUCCAUUAUGGAAUGUAAACCUACAACAUGUCUUCAAUAAAAGUUAAAGAACAUUUUAAAAAUAGAAACUAUCAGAGUUUAUGAACUUUUGACUAAAGAACUGGAAUAGCUGACAUUCUUGUUAAGAACCAUGGUGGUGCAAUGGUUAGAAUGCAGUAUUGCAGGCUAAUUCUGCCCACAGCCAGGAGUUUA